AUGAGGUUGCUCCACACUGAGACGCUGAGGCUUGAGUUCUUCCAAGCGGACUUUCCGCAGUAUGCUGUCCUCUCGCACAGGUGGGAAGAAGAAGAGGUGACGUAUGAAGACAUCCGGACGGGCAGAGACGUCGCACAGCUAAGAGGGUAUUCCAAGCUACAGAUGAGCGCACAGAUUGCCAAGGCCGCUGGGUACGACUACAUAUGGAUCGACACCUGUUGCAUCGACAAGUCGAGCAGCGCAGAGCUCUCGGAGGCCAUCAAUUCCAUGUUCAAAUGGUACAAAGCUGCUGCGGACUGUAUCGCUUAUCUCUCAGAUAUUGAGGGUAGCAGAUCGAUAGUAGAGAGUCGAUGGUUUAGCCGUGGGUGGACCUUGCAGGAGAUGAUCGCGCCCAGGCAGGUCAAUUUCUACGAUCGUUACUGGGAGCCUCGUGGUUCGAAGGGUGACUGGAAAGCAGCUAUCCAAGAACAUACCGGAAUUCCUUCUGACGCCCUGGAUGGAUCCGUGGAUUUGGGCACCAUUCCCAUCUGUUGUAAAAUGUCAUGGGCAGCUGGGAGGGUCACUACCAGGGGAGAGGAUGUUGCAUACUGCCUUCUUGGGAUCUUCAACGUGAAUAUGCCCUUGCUCUACGGCGAAGGACAAGACAAGGCAUAUAGAAGGCUCCAAGAAACUAUUGUCCGAGAGAACGACGACGAGAGCAUCUUUGCCUGGACGGUGCCGCCAGGUGAGGCUCUCGAUGCAGAUUUCUGGGGUCUGCUGGCGCCGUCUCCGGCGUACUUUAGGGGCUCGAGGAACUACUCAAUUCCGCGUUUCAAGACGUGGCGAACUGGAGAUCCAGUGGAAAUCACGAACAGAGGACUUAAGGUGUCGUUGGCGCUUUGCCCAGUACCUGAAGACAAGUCAAGGACCCAGUUCCUCGCUGUGUUUAAUUGCUCUCAGUCAAGUGAGCAUUCAACCAGCGCAGCAAAUUCAUUCACCAUCACACUUCAGAAGCUUUCGAAAUUCGAGGAUCAGUAUGCUCGGGUUCGACCUGACAUGAUUCGAUCAAUCGAUAGCAUGGUCCUUAUGGGCCAAGCUGAGCCGGCCGUGCGUCCCAUAUUUGUGCGGUCAGAUCCACGACCUACCGAUCCUGUACUUGGCUUCUGCGCAGACAAAUCACAAAAAGUGCAUUUCGAUUUCCCAACAAACUCGCAUCACGGGCCAGUGGUCUUAAAAGGGUUUACAAACAUUGAGUUGGAAGCAUCUAAGCCGUGGCUAUGCCAGAAGGUGACCGAUUCCCGCCAAGUCUACUCGGUCGAGCUGAGCAAGGAUAAGGCUUCCGUUGAAACCCAAGACAAAACCAGCAGUCUCAACUCGAAAAAGCUCGACGCUAUAUUGAGGCUCCGCUGCCGCUCUUUUCUCUUGGAGGAAGCAGAUGGGAAUUUUCAAGCACGUUGCAGCCCUUUCCAACCUCGUCCGAGCUACGAAGACCCCUACUUGCUACUCGGGUUUGAGGCUCUGCCACCGAACGCGAUGGGGACUCCGUCCGCAUUCCUGAAGCCAUGGUACGCCUUUAAUUCUUCAAGUGAGCCGGAAGCCAUUCAAGCUAUCCUGUCUGGGGAGAGCUUGCUUGAACAGUCGGUUCACACAGCGCCGGGCCAUUCUCGAUUUCGAAUUGAGCUCAAGGCCACUACUUUGAACUUCCGGACCUUUUAUGAAGUAAAUGCAGUCUCCUAUACCGGCGAGAGUGGGACCUGA